UGGCGUCCCUUGACCCCAGGGCGGCACUGGAGAGCGAGCGGGGAAUGAUGGAGAUGGGAUGAGAGAAGUGUCCUGCACUGCAAAUGGCCUCCUGUUUGACAUUUAUUGCUUGCUAGUCUGGAGUCAGCUUUGGUGCAUGAGGAAGGCUGGUGUCUCUAAGAUGUUUGAGAGAAUCAAACGAUCUGAUGAAGCUUCUGCUUCUUCAGCACAAGGAAUCCAAAGACAUGGUGCUGAGGGCUCUCCACGACAGGACAGCAGUAGCAGUUUACACAGAAGAGGACAAGAACAUCCUCGGCCUGGAGCAUCCACUGUGCAAAGUAGACAAGGAUACUGCAACUGUUGCCAUGUACACUACAGUAAUCUGGAACAGCACAUUUUCAGCUCCCAGCACAGACAUUUUACAACAUACUGUAGGAAUCGUACGGGUACCAGUAGCUUGAUGGAGCGUUUCCUUCAAGAUGUGUUGCAGCAUCAUCCCCACAGAUACCAUGACAGCAGACCAACCUAUGAUGACAUGCCAUUCCCCGUCACUCUGGAGCCUCCUAGGAUUUCUUGCCUGUCCUCAGAAGAGAUGCAGAAAAAGAAGAAUAGUGAGAAACAGGAGAUUUCCAGCAAAGACCCGGAGUCUGUUCGUGAAAUAGGCUCUUCUGUUCCAUGCCUGUCUCAUGAGGGCACAAAGAAAACUUCUGUUAUGCAAGCAGGUUUUCAAAAACUUCAAAGAGGCCAGGAACGUGUUCCAGGGAUAUCCCAGCAGCCUGCUGGCAUUUGUAGUGAUAAGAAAUGGGUAAAUCUGAAACAUGCCCGAAUUGCAGGUCAUAGCCGUGAAGGUCAGUCUACAGCUGUGAGCCCUGUACCUCAGCAGUUUUCUCUCAGUCCUACAAGCCACAGUUCCUCUGUUAAUCCUAGAACAGGAAAAAAUGUUAGGGAUUUGGCAGCAUCAAAUCUGUUUCUGCGAAGAGGAUGUGAUGAAAGAGCAGUAAAGGUCUGCAGUAGGGAUGUGUUAUUGAACCCACGCUUGAAUCCUGCUCCAGCACUGGUUCACCCAAAAUGCCCUUCAGUUUCUCAUCAGAAUCCUACACACAGCCACAGCAAUUCUUCCUUUAUUACCUCAGGUCAGUCUCUCUCAAAGCGAGAUAGUUUACGAACUCAGGAUGAAACUUUGGUGUCUGAUCUCCAUCUCAGGGAUACUGUGGGUAUCAGCAUCUCCCUAGAUCCUGGGACAUCCCCACAGCUAGCAAGAUGCAAAAACAUAAAGACAAACAGACAGGAUGAAAGUUCAGUGGAUGAAACUAUUGAAGAUGUAAUUGUGAAAUACUGCCAUGAAACUACAUCUGAAGAAAUUUGUUUCAAAAAAGAGAAUAAUCCCAGUGUACCUUUUUCAUCACUUCUGGACCAUACUAAUUUAGAGGGCUCUGAAAUGAGUUUUGACUGUGAUGCACCAAUCCAGGUAGGAACAGAUUUACCCAAGGCAGCUAUAAAAGAUAUAGAAUUCCUGAAAGAGGUCCAAGUAUGUUUGCAAGAUAAGGACUAUGGAACACAGCUCUCUUCUGUUUUAAAAACUGAGUCAUUAGAGAAAAUAGAAGCAGUGAAAAAGGACGUUGUAGUUCAUACCGAAGAACCAGUUCUUCCAGCCCUGCCUCACGUGCCUCCUUCUUUUGUGGGAAAAACUUGGUCUCAAAUAAUGUAUGAAGAUGAUAUAAAAAUUGAAGAACUUGUGCGUGAUUUCAGGGAAGGUCGUUUUCGCUGCUACUUUAACAGUGAAUCCUCAGCUAACUGUACAGGGAAGAGAAUGAAGAAAAAAAAGCAGAAGGAUGAAAAAAGGAUGAAUAUUAUGGAGGGUAAUAGAACAGAAAGUGCACCAGUUAAAGCACUGCCAGAAUUUAAUGAUGCUUUAAGUGGUGGCUCUGAUUUUGAUAACCCGUCUUUAGCCUCAGAUACACUAUGCAACCCACAAAUUGUAAAAAUGCCUAGGAAAAGGACAUGGCGCCUGGCUUCAAGGUGUCAGGUGGUUAAAGUCAGCCAUGGCACCCAAACAAGUCUGCUGAACUACCCUGUGGCAAAAAGGAAAAUGUCUAGAAGGGAAUCUGAUCCAGCUGAUCAGAAAGCAAGCAUUGCAUGUCUGGAGAAUGAAAAAACUCCAAACAUGAAAACUAGACUAUGUGCCCUUAAACUUCCAGAGUCCUAUAGCAAGAUCAUGAGUCCUGUACAGCCCAAGACAGUGGUGUAUGUACUCUCAUGCCCAGAGGUAAAACAGAGCAAAGGUAAACCUAUAGAUAUUCCCAAAAUGAGGAAAAACCAUCACUCCACAGAUAGCAAGGACUCUGUAAGGUAUAAAUACAAACAAUGUUCUCUCAAAUAUUAUGACCCACUGACAAAUAGAAUUCUGAAAACACCUCCUAAGAGUACAGUUGGAGAAAAGGCCAAAAAGCCCUCUCAUGUUCGACAGCUUUUCAGAAGUCUCAGCUUUGACACAAACAUGAAGAAACUAGCUGAUACACAGAGAGAAAGCACACCAUCAAAGUCACUCAAUCGGUCAGACUUCUGUGGUUCUUCUUCAGCAUCUUUCCUGCCAGAUCGAGAUAAAGGGAAUGAUGCAGCCUCAAGUCAAAAGGCAGAUGGACCAUCUGUUGCCACAGAAAAAACAGAUUGUCUUGUAUCUGAGAACUCUUUUAAACACCUAAUCAUUUCACCUUUGAACUCUGUGAUAGAAGGAGAUUGUAGAUUAAUUCCAUUUAAUAGAAUUACCAAAACUCCUCUGACCUCCAUCAGGAGUGAGUGGUCAGAGAGGGAGACUCCAAAAGCAAUAUGGAAGAGAAAAGAAGGCACUAACAAAGAACCAGUUUUUUCCAGAAAGGCUGCAGGAUCUAAGUCUGUCAGAUGUACUCUUGAGAGGAGAGGAAACAGAGUAACCACAGGCAAACAAACGUCCAGAACUAAAAAACAGCAGAAAGAGGGUGUGAGAAGACAACUUCAGCCUUGUGCCCAGAAAUCUGCUUUCUCCAUCCAGAGGUACCAGACAAGGAAAACUACAGUGGGAAAGCACCCUAAGAAAGAGAAGCCAGAUGCUAAAAAAUUAAAGGUGAGGAGGAAACCAAAAAGGGCCUUUCUGAACUCAACAGUUGUAACAGGGAUUCCUGAAAAAAGGCAGAAAGUCACAUCAGAAUCUUUUCCCAGGAAACCAGAGCAAGCUUCCUCCAAAGUCAGGAGCUGGGAAGUCAGUGGAGAUCGGGGUCAUCCUGGCACUGUGAACCGGCCCUCUAGAAGAACCUCUGCUGUACCAUUACUUCGAAACUGUCUUGUUCUACCAGGUGAGAGCUAGCUACCAAAAGAACUUUUUGUUUCUUUUUUUUUAUAGCCAGCACCUGGAAGAAGGAAGGAGGAAGAAAGAAGGCCAUAGACAAUGCAGUUGAAGUGCUAGAGAUCCAGAAAGUGCAAAGCCAGUCUAAUGUGAAAUAAAUACAACUGUAAACUCAGCUCUUGUUCCUGGAAUAUGGGGACACAAUGUAUUGCACUGUUCUACUGUGUAAAGCUGCAGAAGUUGUGGAUUUGAUUUAAAAGUACUUAUCAUAUUUACUAGUCUUCACCUGUACAUCAGCAAAAUGACCUUGAAUGGUAUCAUAUUGUUAUUAUGGUAUUAUCAGUGCGUGACAGUGCACUAUAAUAAGGUAAUUUAGAAGCUGUGUUAAUUAAUUGUGCCUAUUUAAAUUUUUUUUCACAUAAUUCUAAAGUGCAGAAGAUGACUCACUUGCUAUGCUAGAAAUUUAAUGAAGAUAAUACAACAUCAAUCAGGGCUGAAUUCUGUGUAUGUAUUUUGUGUUUGUGUAUACGUGCACCUAAUUCAACACAUAAUAUAUACUUGCCUGUGGAAUGGCAUUAAAAUUAAUACAGUAUGAUACAAUUCAGAUCAAUUCAAUGGUUUCUUGAAAUGAAAUAUAAUUUUACACAUUUUUGUAUUGACUUCUUUGUUCCUGAAAUCAUGUCCAAAGCUUUUUUUUUUUUUUGACUGAAAGUCACUGUGGGCUCUCAUCAAGCAAUAAUGGACCAUGCUGGUAAGGAAAAAUGUCUCCUUAGGGGACUGUUCAGAUGGUGGUAGCUGAAGUGAAAUCUUGAAUUCUGAAAGAAGUACAGGGUUAUGUUUGAGGGCUUUUAUUUUUGUUUUUAGUAACUUGUUGAUUAAGUUUGUAGGUGAAUUUCACAUUCCUUAGCGAGGGGGAUGGAAAAGUUAUAAUGCAAACAAAUAGCAGCAAGUUGUUUCAGAAUGUCAGCCUUGAGUUUGGGGUACUGUGCUUUUCUGGCUUUA